CUUAUUCCAUCUUCUGCCUGGUGCAAGGAGUUGAUAUCAAUUUUAUGUAUAAAAGAUGACUAUGUGAUUCCCUGUGCAUGGGCACUUAUAAGCAUCAACUCAACCGAAGCGUACACUGCAGUCUUCCGAUAAAUUUGAAGAACAGUUCCAGAAUGGAAUAUCCAUUCUGUAAUAACAAGCUUUGGAAGAAAUUUACAUUCCAGUAUUACGCAGCUAUUUUCAAAUGCAAAAGUAUACGGUAGUCUGUUUCAUUAUCAAGAGGAAAACCAAAAAUUGGCUAUGCAGCAUGAUGUCAAUAACUUCGAAGUGGAAGGUGGUAGAAACGAUAUUAAAGUUUUCCUUUUAUCAGUUUUCUCUCUACCGCUCUUGCCUCCACAGGAAAUUGAAGGAGCUUUUUUGGAACUGGUACGCCAAUUGUCCGAAAAUUCCUCAAACAUCUUAAAUCCUUUUAACGAAUGUUACACAGAAAUGUGGUUAAGAAGGAGUAAAACCUAACAACUUUUCGGUUUAUCGGAAAAUAAAAAGAUUAACUAAUGUAUUUGAAAAUUACGGUAAUCAAUUACAUGUAAAAAUCUGAACAUUUCCACUUACGUGGAAAUUUACGGAAGAGAUUCUGUCUCUGCAAACUACAGUCUUUCGGGACGUUGCUAAAAUUAAUAGAGGAAAUCGCAACGGAAUCCAAAUGUCCAGAUUGAUCAACAGAAGCGUAGCUUCCAGAAUUACCAUGUCAUGGGAUGAGCUGAAAUUCUUUCAAAUAAACAGAACGAUGUUUAUAUCAAGAUGUUCUGACAGAUUUGCAGAGUCAAGAUCAGAAUAUCUCACGGUAUAUUUAGCAGGACAAGACGAUCAAACUCCACUACUGUUGAUAGUCGGUCGUGAUAUUGUUCCUGCUCCUGUUGCUCAACUAGACGCACAAAACCCGAUUGCAGAAGGAAUGAAGAAAUUGUCCACGAAGAGUAUCAAGCAGAAGUUAUCGUUCGCGAAGAUAAUAAUGAUGGAGAACAUCAUGGGAAUGAAAAUCAAGCUCACUUACCUGUAUGCUGUAUUUGCCGCCUCGUUGCACCAACACGCUGUUUCCUGCCAUGCGGACAUUUAUCCUCGUGCGAAGAGUGCUGCAACUUAUACACAGUCAACCAGCAGAACUGCCCAAUGUGCAGGCAAGAGUACACAGAGAUUCAAGUAGUUAGAAUGGCGCCAGAAUACUGCAUUUGUCACCGACGACCCCCAACAAACUCGUGUCUUCCAUGUGGAGAUUUGUGCACGUGUGAAUUUUGUUCAUUAGAUUUAAAUAAUAAUCAUGCUGCACAAAAUAACUGCCCAUUAUGUGGACAGGUUUACCAAACGAUCCAUAGAGCUUACGUAUAACUUUUAUAUAGCAUCCAGAUA